AUGGUGUACCAACCCUCAUUCAUUUCUGUCAACCUGGCGACCGUGUGCUUGGAGAGCCUUCUCUAUGGCAUAUUCCUCACCCUCUACGUCAGCUCGACCUUUCUCCUUUUGUCUCAAGGUCACCGCAAGCUUGUGGCGGCGGGAGCCGCCUCAUACUCCAUCCUUCGCGCACCAAUGUUCAUAGCCGCGCACGUCAUCUUCUGUACAGUUACUGGGCAUUGGAUAUGUACCGUCCUACGUUUAUUCGACGCGUUUGUGAACUACCAGGGAGGGUCAAACCCACUGUACAUCUAUGCCAAUUUAGCAUUACCCUCGGAGGUAGUCAAGUCUGCCCUUCUCGUGGGGACGUUGGCGACAUCCGAUGCUAUGAUUGUCCUAAAUGCAAAACACAGAUUUACCGUCUUCACUGGCGCAGGCGUGGCCUGGCAGUUCUCUCUCUACACCUUCAGUGAGGAUGUCUGGACGAGCCUGGCUGGCAGAUGGAUUACAAGUGACUGUGUUUUUACGUUUGCGACAAACAUGUACUGCACUGUCUUCAUCUCUUGGAAGGUCUGGCGCACUACUGUACGGACGAAGAGCUAUGGCGGCGGCAACAUACUGGGUGCAUUGGCAAUCAUUGUAGAGAGCGCCUUCAUAUCUACCGCGUGGAACCUCGUCUUCUUAAUCACAUACCAAACGCAUAACAACGUCCAGUUCACCGCGAUCGACCUCUGGAGCUCCAUCUCCGGCAUCGCCUUCAUGCUCAUCAACCUCCGCGUCUCGCUCGGCUGGGCGCAGCAAGCGAUCCUCUCCAGCCAUUCCGCGUCGUACAGCGGAGGCGGCGCGGUCCUCACCGCCCCGCACUCCCCGCGCCCGUUCUCGUACCAGUCGCGCUUUUCGCAGCUCCCGUCCCCCGGCGGGCGCGGCGACCCCUUCGCGCCGCAGUACCCGCUCCGCGUGCUCACGGUGAACGUCACGCAGGUGGUCGAUCGCGUGCGCGACAGCACGCCGGCGUCCGCAGCAAGCGAGAAGUACAUGGUCGGCGAUGACGGCUACGGCGAGGCGGUGUGA